GGAUCCGACAUUUUUAAACCUCUUCUAUGCUGUGAUAGGGUUUAAGCUUUCAGCUUCAGAACCAGUAAAGAAAGAGAAACAUGGCGCGCAGGUCGACGUUGGCCGGGAUGGAAGUCCCUAUAACCGGCAGCGAUUCCAUCAAGUGGGUUGAACUCUCCGUCGCCGAUAGUGAGACAGUCACCGUGUCCGCAACUCCUCCGCCUGUGGCCCCUCUCACUGAAGAUUGUGCCUCCUGCUCCGUGAUCGGAGAUCCCCCUCUCUAUGUUAUUUGGAGGAUUAACAAGAAUCGGCCUAGAGCUCUUGAGUUACUUGAGCUCUCUGCUAAUAAAGAAUUUCCCAAAAUUGGACUUCGAAUCACCCUCCCUGAUUCUCUUUGUCCUUUCGCUUAUAUCUGCAAAAACGAGAUUGGUCGUCCUGCAACACCCUACUUGCUCUAUUUAUUGACUGUCUCUGGAGUUGCUUACGUUUUCAAGCUCAGAAAUGUUUCUGGUUACACUUCCUGCUCCACAUUUCCACCAAGCGAGGUUAUAGAGUUUAAUUUGCGGAGUUAUUUUGAUAAUGUAACAAUAACUAGUGUAGCAGCUACUGCUGGAUGCCUUGUGGUUGGUAGAAAUGAUGGAUCUGUUGCUUGCUUCCAACUUGGCUCAGCUGAUCAAACUGCUCCUGGUUUUGCGUAUGAGCUGCGGGAUGAUUUGGGCAUGAGUCGUUUGUGGGGUUUUAUGUCAAGGGGUAAGGUGUUGGGAGCUGUAGAGAAUUUGGUAAUACAGGAGCUGCAUGGCCUUAAACUUUUAUUUGUGCUUCAUUCUGAUGGGAUACUGCGAAUAUGGGAUCUGUCAAAUCGUGUCAAGAUCUUAAAUCACACCAUGAGCAUUCCAAAUUCAGAAGGUGCAAAAUUUGUGAGGUUGUGGGUGGGUGAAGUUAUUGAAAAUUCAACCUUAAUUCCCCUGGCCAUCUUGUAUAGAUAUAAUGAGGAAGUUAGCAUGGAGAUGGUCUGCGUUUAUGGGCUUCAUUGUAGUUUUGGGGACAGGAUCACUUUGUUAGUAGAGACUUCAAUGCAAAAUAUUCCGCUGGAGGAGGGGGAAUGUGUUGAUAUCAAGCUUCAUUCAGAUAAAAUAUGGAUAUUGAAAGACACUGGAUUAAUUUUUCAUACUUUUUCUCAUAAUACAGAUAACUAUGCGGAAGAGGCCCACUGCUAUGCUUUGCAGGAAGAAUUUGUUGCUGAACAACUAUUUCAAACUUCUGAACAUUCUUCCAAUGAUCUUAUUUUGAUUAUCCAUUCUAUAUUCUCAUAUACAAAGGAUCAUGUUGUGCCAUUUCUUUCUUCUAUCUUUUUACGUAGGCUGCUUCAACCUGGGGUUCAUCAUAAUGCCGUUCUGCGAGCAACUUUUCUUGAUUACAACAAACACUGGACUGACACUGAAUUCAAUUCCUUAACAGUUGGUGGACUGAAGAAAGAAAUUUGUUCACUGAUUGAACAGGAGGGUGUCAAUGAAGGUCCGGUAUCAGUGUUUUGGUCCUGGAAAAAUUUCUGUACACGCUAUUUCCAGAAUUGGUGCAAGCACAAUUCGCCUUGUGGUUUUCUAGUCCAGUCCUGCACAGGUGCUAUUGGUUUAGUAAGAAGGAAUUCAAUAGCUUUAUUUCGUGAUAUGGAAAAAUUUGAGGUGCUUAUUGAUGGUUCUGAUGAACUAGUUGAUACAAUCAGCUUCAGAUUGGACAUGUCUGAUGAUGAUUCUGAGCAUCAGAUUCUUAUGGAGGUUCUCAGAUGUAUUAUCAGUAUGAGCCAACAAUUGGGGAAAACAGCUUCUGCUAUAUUUUAUGAAUCACUUGUUGGCAGAUCAACUAUUUCAUCUGAAGAAAUUGUUCCUCGCUUACUGAAGAUUCUGGAAACUGGAUACAGUUCAUCAGUGUCAUCUCUUAAUGUAUCAGGCGAUUUUGCUUUGGAGAAGGAACUGAUUGAUCACAGAAAUCUGAGGAAAUUCUCGAUUGAUAUGCUAUUUUCUCUUCAUGCUUUGUCCAAAAAGGCUGAUUCUUGGUGCAAAAUUUUGAAUGUCAUUGAAAGCUAUCUUCAAUUUCUUGUACCUCAGAAGGUCAUGCAAAAACAAGAUGCUGGAAUGCCAUUUGAUAUAAAUGUUUCUGUUUUAGUCCAAGCUACUUCUCAAAUUGCAAAGUCGAUGUUUGAUUCUGCAUUGGAUAUUCUCCUAUUUGUUAGCUAUCUUCUCAACAUCAGUGGACAGAUAAAUAUGUCGCCUGAUGACAUAUCCAGAAUACAACUUGAACUGGUUCCAAUGAUUCAAGAGAUUGUUUUUGAGUGGCUGAUUAUUCAUUUUCUUUGCACAACACCGUCUGAAUCUCCUGCGAUCGAAGAUUUCAGUUCUCAACUCUCAUUAUUGCAAAUUGAUGGCAGCACCGAUAAAAGAUCAUGGAAUGAGAAACUAGGCAAAUGCAAUUUUACAUUGGCUUUUAUACUUUUGCUAAGUAUUCAAAUUUCUCAUGGAGACCCAAAUCGCCCUUCAAGAUAUCUCCCAAAUCCGCAAGAAAUCCUUUGUUCAGUGCGCGACUUUACAAGCUGGAUUAUUUGGGGAAAAUCUGGGGAAGAAUCUAAUUCUUUCUUAAAACGUUCAACUGAGCUUGCACUGAUCCUUCUUAGGCAUAGCCAGUAUGAUGCUGUUGAGUACCUUCUAACUAUUAUAGAGGCCAAUUCACGAAAAGAGAAAAUAUUUAGAAGUAUUCAAGAUACUGAUGGUGAUUGGUGUUUACUUCAACAUCUGUUAGGAUGUUGCCUCCUUGCCCAGGCACGAUAUGGGUUCCAUGGAAUUUUGAAAGAAAAGAAAGUUUGUGAAGCUGUUCGCUGUUUUUUCAGGGCUUCAUCUGGGCAAGGAGCUUCUCAAGCUUUGCAGGAUUUAUCUCAUGAUGCUGGAUUGCCAUAUCUUGGUUUUAAUGAUUGUGCGUCAUCAGCUGCAUGGAAGCUUCAUUACUAUCAAUGGUCAAUGCAGAUUUUUGAGCAAUAUGGCAUUAGCGAAGGGGCUUAUCAGUUUGCGCUAGCUGCUCUUGAGCAAGUAGAUGAAGCUCUUAGUCAGAAAGAUGAUUCCUGCAGGAGAGAUACACUCAAUGAAUCGGCCACUGCCAUCAAAGGACGACUCUGGGCAAAUGUCUUCAAGUUUGCUUUAGAUCUUAAUCACUUGCAUGAUGCAUACUGUGCAAUACUUUCUAAUCCAGAUGAGGACAGCAAGUACAUCUGCUUGAGGCGUUUCAUAAUAGUUCUUCAUGAGCGUGGAGGAAUGAAGGUGCUUUGUGGCGGUCAAAUACCCUUCAUAGGAUUAGCAGAAAAGAUAGAGCAAGAGCUUGCCUGGAAGGCAGAGCGUUCAGAUAUUUUGACAAAGCCAAACCCAUAUAAGUUGCUCUAUGCAUUUGAAAUGCAUCGGCAUAACUGGCGAAGGGCAGCGAGUUACAUAUACCAAUAUUCAACCCGUUUGAGAGCAGAAAUAGUUAUGAAAGAUCACCAACACAUAUCGCUGGUGCUCCAAGAGAGGCUGAAUGGGCUUUCUGCUGCUAUCAAUGCUCUGAGUCUUGUUCAUCCUGCAUAUGCCUGGAUUGAUCAUCUCCUUGAGGGAAAUUCUCUUCAUAAUGAGUGUUAUCCCAGUAAAAAAGCCAAAAAGACAGUCAAAGAACAGUUAGUUGGCAGUGAUGUUGAACCUCAAAGGCUGCAGUUUUAUGUUGAUACUGAGAAACUUGAAAAUGAGUUUGUGCUAACUUCAGCGGAAUACUUGCUGUCAUUAGCAAAUGUCAAAUGGAAAUCCACUGAAACAGACAAUGCUCCAUCGGAUUUGGUUGAUCUUUUGGUUCAGACCAAUUUAUAUGAUAUGGCAUUUACAGUUCUUUUGAAAUUCUGGAAGGGUUCUGCAUUGAAGAAGGAAUUGGAAAAAAUUUUCUCUUCUAUGUCAUUGAAAUGCUGUCCAAAUAAAGUGGGUUCAUCAUCUGCCGGAAAUGAUAUGAGGUCGCAUGGUCUUUUAUUGACAUCCUCAAUGGAUGAUAUGGUUGUUCAUGGUUCACCUGAUGUGGGUCCUGCAUCUCAGCAGUCUAGAGGGAAUAUGCAAUGGGAAACUCUUGAGCUCUAUCUUGAAAAAUAUAAAGCAUUUCAUGCUGGAUUACCAGUAACUGUUGCUGAAACACUUCUUCGUUCAGAUCCUCAGAUUGAAUUACCUUUGUGGCUGGUACAUAUGUUCAAGGAUUUUCGAAGGGAUAGGACCUGGGGAAUGACUGGCCAAGAAUCAAAUCCUGCAUCUUUGCUCCGACUAUAUGUUGAUUAUGGGCGAUUUACGGAAGCUACUAAUUUGUUGCUUGAGUAUUUGGAAUUAUUUGCAUCAGUGAGACCAUCUGAUCUGGUACAUCGGAAAAGGCCAUUUGCAGCAUGGUUCCCCUACACAACAAUGGAGCGUCUAUGGUGCCAACUCGAUGAGUUGAUCAAUUUAGGCCAUAUGGUCGAUCAAUGUGAGAAGCUUAAAAAGCUAUUGCAUGGAGCUUUGCUGAACCAUCUGAAGCUGCUAAAGGUGGACUCCGAUGAUGCGAUAUCUUCUGCUGCCUGUUAACAAAUGUGUUGCAAUCUCCAAAAGUUAAUGGAGAAGCAAAAGACGAAUUGGGAUCCUUUGACGACUGACUCGUCUUGGUCAGUGCAAAGCUUAGCUUCAGUAUGCUUUCUUUGCAUGGCAUUUUUAACCAGAGCAGCAUUGGAGCGGCAAUUCCAAAAAAUGAAAUACUCGUACAUACUGCAUGUAGUUGAGCCUCGUUGAGGAACCAUUGAAAAAGCAAUAGAAGUAGAGGAACACUUAUCAAUCAAAGGAAAGAAGAAAAUUCACCGUCUCUGUAUUCUGUAAUGUUUAUGCCAGAAGCUGCUAUUGAUUUGCUUGCUUAAAACUCUAGCAUUCGAAACAUUGGCCGGGAAUAGGGAAGGGGUAGUUUCUAGUGACGACUGUAUAGACAGUUAGGCAUUGUAUUUGAGUCUUCAAAAUGUUGAAAGCAGCUGUGAAGAGACUUAAAUUUUCUCUUACCCUCAGGCUCCACUUUUUGUAUAUUGCGUUAGGAAGCUCGUGUGCUCGUAUUCAUAUGUUUAACUGAAGUAGAUGUAUAUCUUAAUUUCAUAUUACUCGAGGUUAGUUGCAUGAAGGAACCAACCUUUCUGGAUCAUAAUUUCUAUUUGGUUUUUUUGUUCAUUCAGAUUAUAAAAUCUUGAGGUUCCUUGCUUGUAUUGAAGU